AUGGCGGGAGGCGUCACACCGGCACAGAUGCCCGCGUUGCACCAGGCUGACAUGGUAGGAAAAGAUGCAAGACAGAAAACACUCCCUGCACUCAGUUUGGACCAUGGUCGAGUUCUCAGUCAGUGGGAGAAAUUGGGAGGCAAAGUGGAGUUCGAACCAGACUCUGCCAUCCAGGAUGCAUUGUCAAACCCCUUGGACCCAUCACACUUCUUUGGGCCUGGUGAUGUGGAAAGAUGUUCCAUUCUCCAAGAGGGACUUGGCGGCAGUGUCCAGCCACCCACAUGGCUGGACCUGGGAGGCACACUGUCAACAGAAGCGCUGGCACCACAGGCCCGCCUGAUUGUGGAGCCUGGGUGCAGCGCUGCUGCCUCCAGUCUGGACAGCCUGACAGGCGAGUGGCAAUUGGCGGAGGACGGCCAGCUGUGGUUUGACGACUUUGGCUGGGCGGCUGCGGAAGCGGGGCGGAUCACCAUGGCUGGUGAACAGGCUGGUGACUGCUGGGUUGGGGAGAAGACGUUGGACAUGGCUGGGGUGGGCAACCAACUAGCGGAUGCCAAGCAGCAGACCAGCGAGGCGCCGCUGGCUGCGCCUGUGUUCAAUGUGGUGUCUUCUGGUCCAGUGACAGGCACAGCUCCGCCUCGGGGCCCAGCGACCAAGGUUGAGGUUUGUGCGAGCAAUGCUCAGCAGGUGGCAGCGCCAGCAACCAGGCCUUUUCCCAGCACCACAAGGAUGGGUUUCGCCAAUGGCGAAUCGUCAGCCGCAUUCAUCGUGCCAUUUUCUGGCAGAGUUGCCAGCAUGCAAGGGGCAAACUGCUUGAAGGACGGGAGGACGCGCACACAGUGCCUCCAGCGUUACCGCGAGAAGAAAGCGCGUCGAUUGUAUACCAAGAAAAUACGAUACGAGCUCCGGAAGAUAAAUGCUGACAGGCGGCCUAGGAUCAAAGGGAGGUUUGUGAAGAAGGAAGAGCUCCAAGAGUAUUUGAGACUCCAGCAAGCGCCCAAGGAGAAGGUGGCUGAGCACACAUCCAUGGACAGCAACGACUUUGAAGACAGUGAAAAGGCUGAAGACACAGCUGUCAGAAUAUGA